UAAUGUUGUCAAGUCAAAUACAUUUUUAUCAUUUUCAUUUGAAUUGAUGAUGGAACUUAUUCAGAGUGAUGACUUACAUGCAGAAGAAGAAGAGGCUUAUGAAUCUAUUAUGAUGUGGUUAAAAUAUGAUCUAAACGAACGUUUAAAAUGUCUGCCUGAGUUAUUCAAGUCCAUUCGGUUAAGUCUAAUGUCAAUUGAUUAUUUAAACGAUAUUGUUCAAGAAGAGGAACUUAUUAGAUCUGAUAUUACGAGUAAACAUUUUUCAAUACUAUUAAAAUUUUUAAGUAGAAUAUUGGGCGCCUUG